UAACCAUCUUCCAUGUUUUAGGUCUCUGGAAGAGGUGUCUGUGGAGGGCAGUGGUCAGCGGCGCGCGAAACGUCUCAGAAGUCCUCAGGAAAAACAGACGAGGAGGGCCUGGAACUUGGUGUAUGUCGUCAUUGGGUUCUCCUUCGUGCCUUCAAUAUGUUCAGGGGGGAGAUUUUUGCCUACCCCCUGUACCUCCAAAAGCAAAUGGUCUGUAAGCCAGUGACAUUUUUCGCUAUGGAUGUGGCAUGCAAGUACUGGCCUUACCUCCGGAGUGUGACAGAGAAAUGCUCUGAGCUUCAGCAUCUCCUCACCAUGAGGCUGUUUCUUUCUGUUUUUCAUGCCAAAGCUCACGAUUUCAAAUGUGAGGUAAAAUGGAGUGGAGCGUAUCAGGAAGGGGCUGGUUCGACUCUUGGGGAAGAGGUGGAGCAGAGCAAUGCCUUCCUCUCGAGGAUUGCUGUUACCACCAAGCACAUGUCAAAAGCAGCAACAACAUCUCCAAAUGAUCCUGAUGUUGCCGCUGUAGCCAGCCGAAUUGAGGAGCUGGUGGCAAGUGUUAAGAGAAGGCCGCAGUAUCUUCAUAAAGAUAAUGACGGAUGCAAAGGACGUGCCCAGAUCCGCCGAAAGAUCAGGGAGGAAAAAAGGAAUUUAAAUUCUGUAGUGGUAAAGUAUAACACCUUGGUUCCUAAUGCAGAAAAACUGACCUUGGACACCAUUCUAUCUGACGAGAUUGUUUGGCCGUGGCAGCUUACACACAGUGAUCUAAGGACGAAGAGGAAGGCGUUCGACACAGUGAUGGCAGUAAGGAGACUUGAGGAGGAGAGGAUUCUUAUUGCAGAGAUGAACAAGCAUUGGAAGUCUCUUUGCACCCGUGCAGACACCCUGAAGCAGAUGUCAUCCCAGCUUUCUAAUGUGACAUCAGGUGAGACGUGGGGCCUGCUUCAAGAUGGGAUCCAAGGUCUACAGAGCUUGACGAUGAAGAACAAGCAAGCAACAGCAUGGCAAAGCAUGCAAAGAACUUAUGUUCAAGUUCUGACUGAAACAGAAAUUAACUUUGAUAAUGAUUCUGAGGAAUACCAUACCAGUAGUGACUCUGAGCAAGAUUAAACAGUAUUGUCAUGGCUAGAGUCCUUUUUAAUGCUGUUGUGUGCUGGGGAGGCAGCAUUAAGAAGAGGGCCGUUGGGACAGGCUGGUAAGAAAAGCUGUGUUUGGCACGGAGCUGGAGUGCAUCACAUCAACUGCAGAGGAAAGGACACUGAACAGGAUGUUGGCAAUCUUGGACAAU